AGAUGAAACGGCUAUUUGUCACUUUCUGUAGAAAUCCUCAUAAUACGCAGCAAUGGCGUCGAAUAGUGAACCCCCACCACAGGGAACUGACGAACCAGGUAUUCCAUAACUCUUUCCAAGUGUGAUUUGUGGUAAGCUGUCAAAACGUCUAAGAGCAGUAUGGUCUCGCGCAGUCUCUCCACCUGCCGUACCAGCACGGCCCAGCAACUUCCCGACACAAUGGCGGCAAUUGCUUGCUAAUUUCGAUCCAAACGUUCUUGCCGACCUGCGACGACGUGAGCCCUCGGCCCAUUCGCUCUAUCAGAUCGAAACAAUUAUCAAUGGGCUUUGCAGAAGUGUUCAGAGGGGUCACCACUUGAACAGCCAACUGGGACACGCUCUCAUCGAUGUCGAUGCGACUCAAGAACGUGUGAGACAGUUUGUGACCAACACUUCCGAGACAACUAGGGAGAUGAGAAGGGAACUUGGUUGGAAUGUGCGAGAAUUCGACAUUUCUCUUCUUCGCCAGAUACGCCGCUCCUCGGCGCUGUCGCUCGUGCUUGGGGCUGGCGUGUCGAUGGCGGCCCCUUGCAAUGCUCCAAGCUGGCCAGCACUAGUGGAGGGUCUGCUGCGCCAGACAAUUGGCAGAGUCAUGGAGCUUUGGCUUCCCAAGCCUCAGGACUUGGAGCAGCUGCCUCCUGAUGCUCCACAAGGGCUUGUCAAUGAGAGGUUCAUCUCCAGGAACCCAGUAAAGAUCGCAGGUACCGACUGGACACCUACCUUUGACUACAGUCAUACCGGUGAGAAUGGCGUUCAGCGGAACUUUACGAUUGGCUAUUACAGAGAAUCAGCAAGAAGAUACAACGCUGAUGAAGAGAGGACCGCGGUCGAAGUUCUGCAGCGUAUUGAACAGGCCCAGAGGAAUGGUCAAUCAGUUGAUGCUGAUGUCUUGAUGCGCGGCGCUGAUGUUUGUCACGACCUUUGCGGACAGCGACUGUUUACCCUGAUGACAGCCAUGCUCUACGAGGGGAAUAGGAUGCCGAGCGAGACACAUCGCGCGAUUGCAAAAUUAGCACGGAAUCAGUUUGUUCCCGAAAGAGGGGACCAUUUUAUGGGCUGGGACGCCAUCAUCACAUACAACUACGAUGAUUUCAUGGAGCAAGCACUUUCAGAUCUGCAGAUUCCCAGCGCGGCAAUUGCGAUGCGUGGAGACGAAAUAGCAGGUGAUCCGAACCGUUUUGCGAUAUCAAUCGGGCCCGGUGGGCUAUACCUCCCAGUGUACCAUCCGCAUGGAUAUACGCCGAGAAAACCGUUCAUUAUAACAACAGUACCAUACGUCUUCGCCACAAGUGGCUAUCAGUCGCAAUAUGGGCAGUCCGUCUCAAAGGUCCUGGAAUGCUUCAAGUCUGACUACCUGGAGAACCCUGUUCACGUGGCCUUGUAUGUUGGGUGUUCAUUCUCAGACAGGUACAUGAAUCAGUUGCUUCAAGAUGCCUUUGAAAGGUGGCCUGGCAGAUAUCAUUAUGCGCUGUUGCCGUGGCCUGGUGGUUUGGCCGACGAUCGGGUGCCCUCUGGUCAAGAGAUUGAGCAGCGGUCUGAACACUACCUCGCUAUGGGGAUCCGCCCCAUCUGGUUGAGGAAUUUUGGAGAGAUACCGCGCAUUAUCUCGCAGCUCGAGUAGCAGCAUGGCUAAAGCUCAGGCCAAGUGUUGAAUUGGCACCUUUGUCGACAGCACGGCUUACUAAAUAACGAUGCCAAUUAGCACCUGAGUGCUCUUGAACCGAGUCAGCUGGGGUAACCGCCCAUGCAAUCAAGAGACAUAGUAACUGGUGCAUUGUUUGGUCCCCGCUUUCUAGUUCUUACUGUAGUUUAGUGUUUAUCUUCCUGUUAUAGCUUGUAUAUCAAGUGAUUUUGCUAGUCCCCAGAAACCCAAGCCACUUGUGACGGUCCUAUCCCGCUGCAUUGGUAGAGUUAACCGCAAGACCAAAAAGGCACUGUAGACCCGCGAGGUUCUCCAGCAGUGAAACUACCACGAUAUAGUAAGAGCACAGGACAUUACACCGCUCGUUUUCUUUUGAACGAUUCCCGUACAAUCUCGGCGAACAAAAAUAAUUGGCUUCCAAGACUAGGUCAUCUCCAAGUUUACCUUGUUCC